AAUGUUUUGUUUACAUUUUUCAGAAUAGAAAUGAAAAUUGAAUAGAUUUAGAAAAUUUAUAUAUUAUUGAUAUUUUGAUCAUGAUUAUAUUUGAUUUAUUGUAUUGCUUUGAGUUCAAUGAGGAUCAUGAAAUGAUUAUUCAACAAAAACAUGAAAGACAUACUUUGUUAACUUCAUAAAUGAAAGGAUAUUAUUUAUUCGCUAAGACUGUUUAAUGAGCCUCUAUAGGAACUGUUAUCAUGUACCGAAACAUUAUUUUAAUAAUAUUAUUUUAAUUUUUGUUUUAUUAAAUUGAAUAUUUUAUUGAGAAUAAAUUUUGCAAUUAUGUA